CGCUGAUUGUGAAUGGUUUGGAAAGUAAAACACAUGUGGUUGAUUAUUUUGAAAAGUUUGAAAGGCAAAACGUGUUCUAGAGGUUUAAUCAUCGACUUUUCAAUGACUUAAAGAGAUAAACAACGUUGUGAUUAUGUCUACCUGUAAAAUUCAUCACGUCAAAUUUUAUAAUUUGGCACCCAGGUCUAUAACGUGUCUUUCUUAUGAGAAAACAACAAAAAAAUUGGCACUUUCAAGAAAUGACAAUUCAAUCGAGUUAUGGAAUGUCUCCCACACUCCCUUCCUGGAGCAAGUAAUCCCUGGGGACCCACGAGACUCGAUCGAGGCCCUCCUCUGGAUAGGCCCAUAUCGUCUUCUUUCUACAGGCCUCCGUGGCUUCAUAAUCGAGUACGAUCUAAUCAGUUUAAAACCCAAGUAUUCUCAGUCCAUCACCGGAGGAGCAGCCUGGUGUCUCGACGUAAAUCCUCUCCACACUCGUAUUGCCGUUGGUACAGAAGAUGGUUACGUUAACACCUUCACAAUAACUCAAGACAACCUCGUUUACGAAAAGAUUUUUGACAAGCAAAAGGGCAGAAUUUUAUGCUUGAAAUGGGACAAUACAGGUGAUAUGAUAUUUACGGGUUCAAAUGACACUGUCCGUGUCUGGAAUGCCAACUCAGGUCACGCAAUUCACAAAAUGACGACGGGAAGAAAGCAGAACAAGAAGGAGACCAUUGUUUGGUGUUUAGGAGUAACGAGUGACAACCACGUAAUCUCUGGCGAUUCAAGAGGAGUUUUAUUGGUUUGGGAUCCCUCAGUAGGAACAUUAAUUGAGAGCCAUGAGUCCCACACAGCUGAUAUCCUCUCAUUAGCAGUGUCCGAAGACUCCAAUAUAAUUUAUAGUGCUGGAAUUGAUCCAGUCAUCAGAAGUUUCUCAAAAGUUCUUUUGAAAUCCUCUGGAAGAUAUCAAUGGGUCAAAGGAAUCGAAAGGAGGCUCCAUACUCAUGAUGUCAGAGCUUUAGUCGAAACAAAUGGUAAAUUAUUCUCUGCUGGUGUUGAUGGAUAUUUAGCGCAGUCCAGUUAUCCACCCAAAAGUCUAGUAAAGUAUCCUCCACUGCUCGCAAAUCCCUGCGUCACUAUUUGUCCGAAAUCACGAUGCAUAUUACUUCGAUAUUCUAAUUAUCUGGAGUUAUGGAGACUCGGGACAGCGAAUAGUAUCAACUCUUCGAUGAGAAAUGGACACGCAAAGGAGAAAAAUGGCACGAUUUAUCCUUUAGAGGAAGAACCUAUCAAAUUAUUGGAGCUCAAGACGAAAAAAAAUGAGGCCAUUAUUGCGUAUGCAAUUACGAAGGAUUCAAAGAUGAUUAUUUACUCAACGGAGAACUACGUUAGAGUAUUUAAUUUUGAUAUUGUUGAAGGUAAUGCAAUGCUGACCAAGAGCGAGAUUAAUUUCGGCAUUGAGAGGAUACAGAUGAUGUUGUUUAGUCCGAAUAAUAAACUCUUCGUGACUGUUAAUAAUGAGAAUGGAUUCAAUCAGAUAAAUAUCUUCAAGGUUGAGCACAAAAGAUUUGAGCUGAAGUGCUCAUUCAAUAGUGCGAAACAAAAACUAAAAAAUAUUGGAGUUAUUUGUUUUUCGCAAGAUAAUGAGUACUUGAUCUGUGGAGAUCGUGAGGGUAGGGUGGUAGCGUAUCUGGUGGAGGAGUGCGAUGCAGAAGAGCCUAAGUGCUGGCCACUACCGAGUUAUCGAUGUCCUGCAACGGCCGUGGCUGUGCAACAGGAGACCAACAACUUGGUUAUUGUUUAUGCUGAUCAUAAGAUUGUGGAGUACAAUUUAUUCAGACGUCAGUACACAGAAUUCUCAAAUAAUUUGCAGACUCGCGUACCCAGUCACUGGCUGACGCGAACCUUCCCCAUUAUCAACAUCAUAUUUAAUCCUAAUGACCAAAAUGCUAUUAUUUUGCACGAUGAUACCACUGUUUACGUUAUUCAGAAGGAUCGAUUCACAGAUGAAGGUAUCAAACUUGCAAAAACUGAGAGUCAUGAGGAAGAUAGUAAUUCGAUGUCGAGUUCACAAGGGCAAUAUGACUUUCAAGUAAUUAAAAAAUAUAAGCAUCUUGUACACCUGGAAUGGCUGAAAAAUGGAGAGCUAGUUGCAGUAGAAGUGAAUCCCAUUUCGCUGACCGAGAAAUUACCAGCAGCGUUGAAACAAAGUUCUUUCGGUUGUUCAUGAAUGUUCCAUUGUUUAAAUAUUAUUUUUAAAUCAUCCUAAAAAUAUUAA